AUGCCGUCCAAAUGUUUCAAGCUCCAGUUCCCACAACCCUUGCGACCCGCCAAACCAGGCCAGCUCGUCAAGGGACUUGAACUGAAUGCGCUCAAAUAUUUGUUCUUUACCUCAUUUGCUUGCUACUUCUUUGGACGAUUACACGUUGGUUAUUUUCUGGGUCUGGUGUCUAUUCUGUUAGGCGCUAUGACGUAUUGGGUACUUGGGACAGAGACCGAGGAAGGAUUGAAUUGGCAAUUGGAAAAACAGGAAGGUGCUAAGACGCUUUAUGAUACACGAGGCGAGACAGUCGAGUGGAUGAACUACUUUGUCCAAAAGAUCUGGCGCAGCAUUGAUCCAAAUGUGUUUGUCAGCGUCGAGGAUAUUCUUGAAGACACAUUGCAAAGCAUUGCUCCAGCCGUCAUUAAAGCUGUAAAAGUGACCGAUCUUGAUAUUGGCGUUCAUGCACCACGCAUUCGAAAGAUUCGCAUUUUCCCGCCGAUGCCAGGUCAACCUGAAGAAGCGAUGUUUGGCGAGGCGUCGUUUGACUUUCAAGCAAAUUCGUCCGGUAAUAGCCGAAAUGUCACUUCAGCGCCACCUGGCAUUGCUAUACGAUUCAAGACAGGAUUAAAGGCACCCAUUGAUAUCAAGGCGGAACUGACCAAAUUGCAAGGCAGCUUGCGGUUCAAGAUCUUAACAUCGCCGGACAUGCCAUUUGUAUCCAAGGUCACUAUUUCAUUUGUCAGUGUACCCAACAUUGAUACUGGUGUUAUGCCCAUGUCCAAACAUAUGAACGUCAUGAAGGUGCCAAUGAUGAAAACACUGGUGAACGAAGCCGUCAAGCUUGGAUUCGCUGAUCUCGUCGAUCCCAAGUCCAUGACAUUGGAUAUCAAAGAGCUGAUGGGUGCCGCUGCUCAAGAUACUUCCUCCAUUGGUGUCGUCAAGGUUGAAGUACGGCAGGCUAAGCGUACUUCUACAAUCAAUCUGCAAGAUAUGGAGGAUGCCUAUGCAACCAUCUCCCUUAGUACCCAAGAAGGCAAGAACGCACCUAGCACGCGAGUUUUGACCAACGACGAGGAUCCACGAUGGAAUGAGAAUUUGUAUAUUCUAGUGCACCAAGAGGAAAUUGUCAACGAAGCUACCGUGGAUAUCAAGGUUUGGGAUGCAGACAAGGUCAAAACAGAUGAUGCUUGGGGUUGUGCUUCGGUUCCUGUCAAAGAUAUUGUGUGCGGCAAAGUCGACAAGUUGGGCAAUGUCACGGAUUGGUGCAAAGAAGAAAGGGUCGUGUUUGACGGUUGGGCUCCUAUGGACGGCAAAGCCAGCUUGGAGGAAUCUGAAGUCAAGCUGGACUUCCGAAUGACUUACCAUCCGAAAUACAUUGCUCCACCACUACCAGGUCUAAUGACAGCUUUGAACAAGAACAAGAAGAGCAAGAGACAAGAGGAAUUGGAGCAAGAAGAGUGUAACCCAAUGCACAAGAGCGGUAUCUUGUCCGUAAUGGUUACCGAAGCAGCCGAUUUGGAAAUUGGUGACCCGGAAAUGAUUACCGCCGACGAGUUUAAACAUCCGUACAGCCCUAAUCAAAUCGUUAAUCCGUAUGCUGUGAAUUAUCUUAACGAUAACAAAGUCUACGAAACCCGUGCCAAGCUACGCAAUCCGGCUCCGCACUGGAACGCGGAAUGCGAACAUUUGGUCAAGGACUAUGAUUCGGCCUUCGUACGAGUUUCUGUCAAGACAUCCAUGGAUCUGGAGCGCGAUCCAGUGCUGGGAACACGAUUGUUCUUUUUAAAGGACGUGUUUGGAGAUCAACAAGGCAAAUUCAAAGAAGCCGAACGCUGGGUUGCCUUGGCCAACGGUAUUGGAUUUGGCAAGGUGUUAUUGAACCUAAAAUACAAGCCUGUCAAGCUUACUUUACCACGUGAACUACGUGGUUCUGAUGUCGGUACCAUGAUCAUCGACCGUGUGAAUUUCAAGCUCAAGCAUCCGUUUUCAUCACGCAAUGUUCGAUCCACCAAAGCUACGCUGGCACUCAACAUAGAUCCAACGAUCCUGAAGCGUCUUAAGAGUCGCGACCUAUCCACAUCUACACAAACCAACAGUAGCGAGGAUGUGAUUGUAUGGCAAAAAUCUCGUCCCAUGUAUUUCCCACUGACAAUGCGAUAUCGCACAGCGUUGUAUGUUCAUGUCAAUCAAGGCAGCUUAUCGACAACUAAGGCCGUUGGUCGACUAUGGUUGAAAAAAGUAUGCGACGGCAGUUGGCAAGAAGCCACCAUUGGUCUUUAUGAACCUGUCAGUGGAUCUGAGUGUAACAAGAAUGAGGAUGAUUGGAGUCCAGAUGAUGGCGAGUUUGGUCAGGUGGUGGUCCGAUUCAAGAUAGUGCCUGGACUGUCGCCCGUGCACACUCACUUGCGCUCCUUCCAACUCGACAUGUUGGGUGCCGAUCCGUUCCAAGACGAUACUUUGAAGAGUAAAGUGGAACAGUGGGUAAAAGAGGCAGAGGACCAAGAAGAAGCUGCUCAAAGGCGCCGUGAGUCAGCCAUAACCGAAGCAUCUGAAGUGUACGGCCAAGAGGAAGAGAUGGCGGACAAGGAGUUCUUGGAAGACUUGCAGACGUACACUCGAAGCCAUAAGAUUCCUCGCCUGUUUGUCUUCCGUAAGAUUGCAAGAGGCACAGAUAUUGUACGUCACCGGGUGGAAACUAUGCGUGAUGGAUUUAAUUCAGAGAAUCGUGCUAGUCGUGCUGUAACCAAAGAAUAA